UUUUUCUACGACAGAUGCCGAAGGCGAAAAUCGCUUGAAUGGAAGUCCCGAAACGACGUUGUUUUCACAGAGGUAGUGGAAAAUAGCUCCAAGUCACAGUUAUUCGGUGAAAAGUGAAUACCGGCUCGGUGCUAAUCUGAAACUAAUUAAUCAACGAGAAAAAGUCUCGACUCAUCAACCGUCAGCGAUGGAGGAGGAAAAUAUUUUCGUCUUCGUGCCAAAUUUGAUCGGCUAUGCUCGAAUCGUGCUGGCGAUCGUUUCCUUCUAUUAUAUGCCAACCAAUUAUGUUGUGGCCGCCUGGUGUUACAUCGUUAGUGUGGUGCUGGAUGCCCUUGAUGGACAUGCGGCUAGACACUUCAAUCAGUCUACCAAAUUCGGUGCGAUGCUGGAUCAGCUAACGGAUCGCUGCGGAACCAUGGGCCUAUUGGUGACUCUGAGUUACUUCUAUCCCCAGUAUAUGUUCUGGUUCCAGUUGUCGAUGGCGAUCGAUGUUUCCUGUCACUGGUUCUAUCUACACACCACUGUUUUACAAGGAAAGACAUCGCACAAAUUCAUUGAUAUGUCCGGUAACCCGAUAAUGCGCGUCUACUACACAAACCGAACUGUUUUGGGGCUCAUGUGCCUGUUCAAUGAACUGUUCUAUGCUGCACUUUACUUGCUGUAUUUCACACCGGGUCCACUGAUUCUUGGAAUGUCAUCCUUCAAGCUGCUCGCUAUUGUCUCGGCUCCGGUCGCCAUCGCCAAGACCGCAAUCUCGGUGAUUCAUGGCUAUGUCGCGAGCAGGAAUAUCGGCGUAAUUGACGUGGCCGAGCGAGAAGCCCAGCGUCAACGAGAGGCGGCUAAAAAGCCCCAGUAAACAGGCGGGAAGGUUAGUCGAUUUGAAGUGUGUUAGAAAAGCUGCCGUACCUGACUAGUGCCCCCCGUGGCAAACUGAAGGAGAUAUAAUUCGUUCGGAUUGAUGCAGGAAACGGACAGCUAGCGGGAUUAGGAAUUUGAUUACCCCUGUUAGUAUGAGUACAGGUCGGGUACUAAUCGUGUUGUCUAAAUAGUUGUCGAUGUUAAUGUUUAUUUUCUUUGCACUUGAUGUCAUCUCGUAUCCUGAUUGAUGGUUUAAAAAAGCGUAUAUAUUAUAGAAGCUGCAAUGAAAAUCAAGUCUACCAUAUUUUGAGAAACAGUUAUUGGAAACGCCAGUACUUUAGCAUUAAGUAUUUAGGUAACUGGAGCAGGUACUUUAGAAUAUAAGUUUUAAUCGCUGUUAAUGAAACGAAACUAGUUGUGAUUAUUUAAAAGAGACAGAGUCUAACCAAAUAACCACAAAUAGUCUCCAUUUAUUCGGUGUUGUAAUUUUCGAAUAUCGGCAAUCGUAUUUUAUAUUAAAAACAAGUCUACUGUAGCGGAAAUUCUAGUGAACUUAGAGCACUCGGCUUCAUCAUUCCACACGGAGUAAACUAAUCAAAUUGCUAAGUAAUAUCGUAGAAUCCAUCCAGAUUGAUCGUAGCGUAGUACCAAAGCAGACAAUUAGUCUCCUUUCCCUGCUGUUUGAAGAACUCAUUGCAAAAGGGACUACCCAGAUUUCCGUACAGUUUAGUCGCCUAUUAUAUCACUCAUCCUUAACUCGAACUUCGUUGCUCCGAGAGGAUGAAAAGCAACCUACAAUCUGAAAAAGAUCCCCUAAACCCGUUCGCACACCAAAACCAAAUCAGAUGAUAUUAUUUUUGGACGUACGUAACCAUUGAUGAUAUUGUGGGCAAUGAAUGUUGCACUAACUUAUUUCUGUUAUUAGAAGUGUCUGUUUAUAUAAUAAAUGAUAACAAUUUCA